AUGGCUAAGUUUACUUCCAACAUCGCCCUUCUUCUCGCUGCUCUUGUUCUUUUUGUUGCUUUUGAAGCACCAACAAUGGUGGAAGCACAGAAGCAGAAGCUGUGUGAUAAGCCAAGUCGGACAUGGUCAUCAGGAAAUUGUCGAGACAGUAGAGCGUGCAAGACUCAGUGCAUUAACUUCGAGAAAGCACGACAUGGAUCUUGCAACAUUGCCUUCCCGAUUAACAAGUGUAUAUGCUACUUCCCUUGUUAAUCUAUCCAUAAACUCUUUGGUAGGUUGGGUAUUGUGUGUAUUUUACAUAAAAUAAAGACUCUGUCACUAUCUAUAAGUUGAUUCUGUGACAUGUACCAGAUAUGUUUAAGUUGGUUUGGUUAUAAUAUAGUUUUGUGUACCGUGAGAAUAUCAUAGACUGAAUAUGCAUAUUUCCGCAAAAAUGUGUCAACUUAUGUGACUGAUAAAAUGUUUAUGCUUAGAUUGUUAUGUUGUAUAAGACAGAGUUGUAC